GGGGCGGGGGGCGCCGAUGGUGGCGCCGCCAUGCCGGUGAUGAAAGGCUUGCUGGCGCCGCAGAACACCUUCCUGGACAACAUCGCCAACAGGUUCGACGGGACACACAGCAACUUCCUCUUGGCCAACGCUCAGGUGCAUCGUGGCUUCCCCAUCGUUUACUGUUCAGACGGAUUCUGCGACCUCACCGGCUUUGCCCGGACGGAAGUCAUGCAGAAGACCUGCAGCUGCCGUUUCCUCUAUGGCAGCGAGACCAGCGAGGCUGUUAUGCAGCGUAUUGAGAAAGUACUGGAAGGGAAGCAAGAAUACCAAACUGAAGUCUGCUUCUACAAGAAGAGUGAAGCAGCCUUCUGGUGCCUGCUGGACAUCGUACCGAUCAAGAACGAGAAGGGCGAAGUGGUUCUUUUCCUCUUCUCCUUCAAGGACAUCACCGAGAACCAUGGAAGGAGCCACUGCAAUGAAAAAAAGGAGGAAAAGCACAGGUGCAAGAAGGCAGGGAGUUCCCACUUGCGGGCUGCCAGGAGGCACAGCCGGACGGCCCUGCACCACCUCGCCAGCCAGUUCACCAGGAAGGACCGGACGGAGAUGAAGAUCGACAGCGUAAGGAUGACCUGCUUCGCUUCCUCUUGUGAAGAGAGUGAGGUUGAGGACGUCUUUGAAAACAAGCCCUCGGUGCCAGAGUAUAAAAUCGCCUCGGUGCAGAAGUCACGCUUCAUCCUCCUCCAUUACAGCAUCUUCAAGGCCUUGUGGGACUGGCUCAUUCUCUUGGCCACCUUUUAUGUGGCUGUCACCGUUCCCUACAAUGUUUGCUUCACCGACUCCGAUGACAGUUUGGCGACCGCCCGCAGCACCAUCGUCAGUGAUAUCGCCGUGGAGAUGCUCUUCAUUGUUGACAUCAUCUUGAACUUCCGGACGACGUACGUCAGCCAGUCGGGCCAGGUGGUUUAUGACAGCCGGUCCAUCUGCCUCCACUACGUGGCCACAUGGUUCUUCGUGGACUUGAUUGCGGCCUUGCCCUUUGACCUCCUGUAUGCCAUCAAUGUCCCAGUGACCUAUCUGGUACACUUGCUGAAGACGGUGCGCCUCCUCCGCUUGCUUCGUCUGCUCCAGAAGCUGGACCGCUACUCCCAGUACAGCGCCAUGGUCCUCACAUUGCUCAUGUCCAUGUUUGCCCUCUUGGCACACUGGAUGGCCUGCAUCUGGUACGUCAUUGGCCGGAAGGAGAGCCACGACCCGGUGACCUGGGACAUUGGCUGGCUGCACGAACUGGGCAAGCGGAUAGAAGCCCCAUACCUCAACAGCUCCGUGGGUGGGCCGUCCCUCCGCAGCGCCUACAUCGCUUCGCUGUACUUCACCCUCAGCAGCCUGACCAGCGUGGGCUUCGGCAAUGUCUGCGCCAACACGGAUGCCGAGAAAAUCUUCUCCAUCUGCACUAUGCUCAUUGGUGCUCUGAUGCAUGCUGUGGUCUUUGGCAACGUUACAGCCAUCAUCCAGCGCAUGUAUUCGCGGCGCUCCCUCUACCACACCCGCAUGAAAGACCUCAAGGAUUUCAUCCGUGUUCACCGCCUGCCCCAGCAGCUCAAACAACGCAUGCUGGAAUACUUCCAGACCACGUGGUCUGUCAACAACGGCAUCGAUGCCAAUGAGCUCCUGCGUGAUUUCCCGGAUGAACUGCGAGCGGACAUCGCCAUGCACUUGAACAAGGACAUCCUGCAGCUGCCGCUUUUCGAGAGUGCCAGCCGAGGCUGCCUGCGCGCCCUUUCCUUGCACAUCAAAACCUCCUUCUGUGCCCCGGGAGAAUACCUCCUCCGCCAGGGGGACGCCCUGCAAGCCAACUACUUUGUCUGCUCCGGCUCCCUGGAAGUCCUCAAGGACAACAUUGUGCUGGCCAUUUUGGGUAAAGGAGAUCUCAUCGGCGCCGACCUGCCCAGCAAAGACCAAGUGAUCAAGACAAACGCGGACGUCAAGGCCCUGACUUACUGCGACCUCCAAUACAUCAGCCUGCGUGGGCUCUUCGAGGUGCUGGAGCUGUAUCCCGAGUAUUCCGCCAAGUUCAUGGCCGACAUCCAUCAGGACCUCACCUUCAACCUGCGCGAGGGCAGCGAGAUUGAGGGACUCCUCCGAUUCUCCAGGUCCCCACGUUUAUCCCAGUCUCGUCCUGACAGCGGUGCUGCCCUUGAGAAGCCCUUGCCCUCCAUCCAGGAGUACAGUGAGGACCCGGAGGACUUCUUCCAGCCCUCGCCAGCCACCAUCACUCGCCGUAAACUCCUGCUACCCAACCUCAAUAGCCCUGUGAGGCGGGGCUCCCUCAGCAGCCUGCUGGGGGAUGAUUUGCGCCAGUUCUCAGCCCUGCGGCGGACUUGUCGUUCCCCGGCCCGCUACAGCCAGGGCCGUAGCCCUUCCCCACGGUGCCGCCGGGAGGAACGCCUCUCUGAUAGCGAGAGCAGCGGCGGCUGGAAACCUGGCAAACUCCUCAUUCCGUCCCUCGUGAACUACGGGCCCCCAAACCUCAGCCCCAGAGUCGUCGAUGGAAUCGAAGAUGAUGGCGGGGCAUCAGAAUCGCAAACCUUUAGUUUCAACGUGGACCAGCCCCACAGAGCUUGGUGCAAGAGCAUGCAGUGUCAGGGAUGGAACCAGCCAACCUCCUCCUAGCUGCAGAAUCCGAGGAGAUAAAGCAGAACAUCAGGAAGCUCAAUCAAGAGAUCAGCCACCUGAACCAGGAAGUCUCCCACCUGAGCCAGGAGCUGCAGCUUUUGAUGGGCCUCCUUCAAAACCAGCUGACUGCUCUGUCCUCUUCCUCCUCCGCCUCUGCCCUCCCCUCAGCCUGUCCUCAUAACAG